AUGCCUCUGCUGGGUUGUAGACUGGGACGAAGUCUCGGGACCGGACCGGACCGAACUGUAGACUUUUGCAACGGGUUCAGGUGUAGAUUCUCUGGGGCGAUUGAUCCCGAAGAACUCCGCUGCAGAAUGUCUCGAGCUGGGGCAGAUUCAAGAAUUCGGCUUCAGACUCUCUUGGGCGAAUUCAUCCCGGAGAAUCCAGCAGCAGACUCUCUGGAGCGAUUCAUCCCGGAGAGUCCAGCAGCAGACUCUCUCGAGCUGGAGCAGGUCCCAGGACUCAGCUGCACAGUCUCCGCGGCGAAUCCAUCAGAUUCCAGCUGCCCACGCUCUGGAACGCAAAGUCCCGCGUCGCGCUCGAGACGACAAGCCCCCCCCCCCCCUUACAACCCGCUGGGCCACGUGACGCCGCCCACUGGCCCAGGCACCAGCUCGCCCGCGUCCGCGCAACCAGCCAAUCCGCAGGCCCAAUUGCCCCCGCGCCCAUCCAAACUCGGCAAUCAGCUGCUUCCCCCCCCUCUUCCCUUUCCACCGGAAAGACGUGGCUGGCACCUGCCCCCCCCCCCUUUCCCCCACGCCCGAAAUAACCACCGCGUCAGUCAGUCACGACAAGGUCGCGCUGCAGCGCACCCCCCUUAA